CUGCCAAACCAAACAUAAUGUCAACAAAACUGACGUGUACUUGUACUUGUAAAUACUCUGAGAAAAUUAUGUGAAAAAGUUAAUUUUAUCAUCCCAUGUAGCAUCUUAGUAAAAUCUCUACAUAAUGUCAGAUGCUGAUAGACGGCAACCCGACGGAGAAACAUCUGGAGAGGGUCCAGAGCGGCGAGGAGAGGGUGACGCGCCACCAACUGUUUCAGAACGCGAAGCGUAUUUCCAGGCUCUUCGGCUAUGGAUGCAACAAGCGCAGAUGUUUCAGAACCUGUCGACAUGUUUUCCGUAUUAUAUGAUGACCUUUCAGGGCCUUCAGAACACGGCUACAAACGUGCCUUUACUGAAUAAUAACUAUCAGUUCCAAGGGCAACAAUUCCCCUUUCAAGUACCAAAUCCACCCAGAAACGCACCAGAUCCGCAGCCACCGGCUGAGACUGUGACUCCAGCUGAAGCUAUUGCUAGACAUGGGGGUUAUGAGUAUGUGAUACCACCAUUGUACAAGAGACUAGCUGCCGAGUUCAUUGACUUCAUGUUGCUGUUUAUUUUGAAACUCAUUGUCACUUUUAUUGCUGUUGACAUGUUUGAAUUGAUUGAUUUGGAUAAAUUUGAUUUCUACAAGUUCAGUGAGCAUUAUGAUGACUAUAAGUAUGCAAUGGAGCUGACAUCUGAAAUAUUGUUCUUGGAGAUUAUCUAUCGGAUUCUUGUGUGCAUAUUUGAGGCUGUUUGCUUGAGUGGCAGCAUUGGUCGCACUGGCGGUGCUACUCCUGGAAAAGCACUGUUAGGUCUCCGUGUAGUGACUGCUUCCGCCGUUCUUCCCGUUGAAGGGAGACGUAAAGAAACUGUGUUACUCUACCCAGGGAAACCCCUCAGUUUUGCUAUAGCUUUACUUAGGUCUGUAAUGAAAAAUUUCCUCAUUUCUUUGCUUUUCCCUUUGUGUGUUGUCCUUUUUGUGUUUAGACACAAUCGCACUGGCUAUGAUUUGUUGUGUGGCGUUAUUGUCGUCGAAGAAAACAUGUACCCCCCUCGGAGACAUGUUCCUUGAAAAUCAGUUUUUAAUUAUGAGGUAAAACUUAUUAGUGCAAAUAUUUAUAAGUAAUUUUGUGGUUCAUAUUUGUUAGGAUUUUGGCAAUUAUAAGCAGAAGAAGAUAAAAAAGGUUGGUUACUUUUAAAAUUAAAAUUUAAUAAAGUUAAUCAAAUAUCAAUGGAGAUCUUUAGUUAAGUUGUAUUUAUUUUUUUGGUAUACCAAAAAUUUUAUUUGUUUGUAUAAAUUGGUUAGCAUUUUUAAUUUUAACAAAUUCAUAAGUCUACCUAAAACAGUUUUACUUAGUGGGUGGGUGUUCAGUGAUUUUAUGCAUGUGAUUUAGUUCGUUAGUAGGUUUUGUUACAGUUAUAUAUGGAAAGCCCUGUUUGGUAUUUUAUUAUACUUACUUUGUAAAAUUGUAAAUAUUUAAAGAAUAAAAAGUGUACAACUGAAA